AUGGUCUACCUCGCCAUGGUCUUCCAAGGCGAGGAGGGAGCCGUGACGCAUGCAUGGCACGGCGAGAUUCUUACCUUUUUGCUUCUUUGCAAACUUGCCGACACCACCGCCAACGCCCCCCCUAGUCACAGCUGUGCCAUCAAUCGCUUCCUUGCUGAUCAGGAACAACGAUGCCCCCCGGAGUUCGGCAAAACUCAAUCUCCAGCAGAGGCAGAGGCUGAUGCCAAGGCGCGGAUGAUGACUAAGCUGCUUGCCUUUGAGCAGCAGUUUGGUUCCAGUGAUAAACCACCCGGAAACUAA